GGCCUCUUUCCCGGCUCUUAGCAACGCCCCUGCUUUGACCCUCCUCAUCUGUGGGGAAAAAAUCAAAUCAAAUCAAUACACCCUCCUUCAAAUCACGAUGCUUCUGCAGCAGCAGUACCGAGAGCAGCAGCACGUUGCAGCAGCCUUGAUCUCGUCUUAAAUUUUAGCCAACCUUCCUGGCUUCGAUGGUCCCUGCAUUUCCAGACCUCGAUCACUGCUGAGAGAAGCUCACUGCGUCACUGAAAGGAUAUCUUAAGUCCUCCUAGAUGGCCAACAGGGGACCAAGCUAUGGUUUAAGCCGAGAAGUCCAGGAGAAGAUUGAACAGAAGUAUGACCCCGAAUUGGAAAGUCGGUUGGUGGACUGGAUUAUUGUACAGUGUGGUGAAAAUACAGAGCAGCCCCCUCCUGGAAGGCAACAUUUUCAGAAAUGGCUAAUGGAUGGAACACUGCUGUGCAAGUUAAUAAACAGUUUACAUCCGAGGGGAAAAGAACCCAUUCCAAAGAUCUCAGAAUCAAAGAUGGCUUUCAAACAAAUGGAGCAAAUUUCUCAGUUCUUGAAAGCUGCAGAAAUUUACGGAGUAAGAACAACAGAUAUUUUCCAGACGGUGGAUUUAUGGGAAGGAAAAGACAUGGCGGCUGUGCAAAGAACUUUACUGGCUUUGGGCAGUGAGGCUGUAACGAGGGAUGAUGGAUGUUAUAGAGGGGAUCCAUCCUGGUUUCACAGGAAAGCACAGAAGUACCGGCGAGGGUUUUCAGAAGAGCAACUUCGUCAAGGACAAAAUGUCAUUGGCCUGCAAAUGGGGAGCAACAAGGGAGCCUCUCAAUCUGGGAUGACAGGAUAUGGCAUGCCAAGACAGAUCAUAUAAC